UCUCCCUCCGCAGACACAUCUACCCUGACCUCUCGACGCGGCGGACCCGAUAAGCGCGCUCUCAACGUCAACAUGGCCGUUCACGCAAUGCACGGACAAAUGGAUUAUAGCUUGGACAGCAAGCAGGGGAAAAUGCUGGAGGACCGCCUGGACAGCGGCGUGGACUCCUUAAAGGACGAAACCCUGAUGAUCGAGGACUUUAAGGACCUGACUGUGAGAUGCAAGGAGGAGAACACGGAGGAGUGGGAGCCGUGGAGGGACGCGGUGACCGAGGACGGAGACACGCUGCUCCACUUGGCCAUCAUUCAUGAAGCCACUGAACAUGCCCUUCAGAUGAUCCAGCUGUCCAGAUGUCACUCUUUCCUCAACAAACAGAACCACCAAAGACAGACUGCCCUCCACCUGGCAGUGAUCACCGAGCAGCCCAAGUUGGUGGACUGUCUCCUGAAAGCCGGCGCUGACCCGCUGCUGACCGACAACAGCGGCAACACGGCUCUCCACAUCGCCUGCAGACGCGGCUCCAUGGCGUGCUUCGGCGUCAUCACCCAGAACUGCCAACGCCACCUCACCUCCGUCCUGUCGGUCCCCAACUACAGUGGACACAACUGCCUCCACUUGGCGUCCAUUAACGGCUACGUUUCCUUGGUGGAAAGCCUCGUUCAGCUGGGAGCGAACAUCAACCAACAGGAACCCUGCAGUGGACGGACAGCGCUCCACUUGGCUGUCGAUCUGCAGAACCCCACGCUAGUCCGAUGCCUUCUUGACCUUGGCGCAGAGGUCAACUGCCAGAACUACGGAGGCUUCACGCCGUACCACCUUACGUACGGGCGGCAGAACGACGAGAUCCGCUGCCAGUUGUACGAGCGGACGGCGCUGGAGCUGAGGGCGCUGCCCGAGAGCGAGUCAGACGACAGCGACAUGGAGGACCUGGAUUUGCUGGAGGAUGAGGUCUAUGACGACAUAGUGUUCGGGAAGUAGAAAAGGCACCCUCAUCGCUCAUGGUGCGAACGUCAAGCUGCUAACGGGUUUGCCGAAGAACGGCUCCCAACGGGGUACAGAAGCCGGUCGAGCUCCCCCUCUCCAUGUCCCGCUCCCUCCUCCAACGGUUCAGGCACGCGGGUGCUGCCCCCCCCCCCCCCCCCCCCCGAGACUGCAAAACGGGGAACGAAGAUGGUUGUACGGUCAAGAUUGCUGAACAAAACAACCACGGCGAGACCUCCGUAUGGUCCGCAACUGUGUAAAAAUAUAAAUAUAUUGUAUAAAUGCAAGCUAUGUAACAUAUUGUAAAUACAGAGAUCCUAUUUUUGUACUAAGUGUGAAUUUAAACACUAUUAUCCUGAAAAAAGUCAAAUAAUAAAAAAAAAAAAA